GGUUUCUUGAAAACAUUUACCACAAUUAUUGUGAACCCAGGCCCAGUGACUUCGUCCCUCGUUCGCACAUCUUGAGCAUAAAUUAAGUAGAAUUCUUCACUUAUCGCUGGAGAGCAUCUAGAACCACGUCGCUCUUAAGCAGUCGUAAAUACAGCACACGUCUUUAUCAACGCCGCACUUUCAAACGGAAGGCGCUUCUGCUGACGUGGUUAAUGCAAUUAGUUUUUACGCGUUAAACUGCUAAGCAAUAAAUUUAGAAUAUGCUGACGAAGGCGCUAGUCCUGUUCGGCCUGCUGGCCUUGGCCCAAGGUUACAGCUUCACCUCCCGCGAGGUCAAGUGUCACGUGUGCAAGGCCGUAGUUACGGAGCUGGAGGAGGCCAUUGCCAAGGAGGACCCCCACAAGAUGGCCGAUGUCAGUGGAUUCCGGCUGGACGCUCAGGGAAAUUCGAUCAGCAAGAAAGUUCGCCUUGUGAAAUCUGAGAUGUUCCUUACCGAAUUGAUGGAGAAGAUCUGUGAAAAAAUGGACGACUACUUAAAAGCAACCUAUAAGAGCAACGGGAAAUUCACACUCCUGAAGAUGAUCAUUAACGGUCAGAUGAAUCCCGACUCCUCUUUGGUUGACUUUGUGCAAGAUGGCGAUCUCAACAAGAGCCUGGGUCACUUCUGCAACGAAGUCCUGGAGGACAACGAUGAGAUCUUUGUUAAAGCCUUCCAGGCCGAAGAGCUCGGCAACGAUUUGGACAUCAAAAUCUGCUCGGAACAAGCCAGGUACUGCGACGAAUCGCCAGUCCAGGAGGAAUACGACUUUGACGGCAAAGAGGAGCUGUAGCUGGUCCCAGUUAAAGCUUAGUAAAUAACGAAUUUUCUUGAUCGCCUGUGGUGGUCCCUGUACUGAUAUUUCGAACGAAAUUUAUGUUUAGGUAAUGUAAAAACCAUGCCAAUUGUUACAAAGUAUGUACGACAAUAAAUUUCAUGUGCAAUGUA